AAAAGAAAUGGAAAUGAAUGGAAAAUGUAUAAUGUAUUUGUCCUGCGAUGGCUUUAUGUGCACGCUUUCUUCUGCAGUUAGGACACGUGCUCGUUUUACCCCUUGCAAUUUUGGCAUCAGGAGCUAACUGCGGCAGACGCUGGUCGUUGCAGCCUCUGGUGACGGGAGGUUUUGGAUGUGUCCGUUCUGUUGUCGGCGUUUAUAGUGCCAGGCGAUGUCUCUUGAGAGGUCAUCAUCUGGCAAUGGCUUCCAGUAGGGAAAGAAAUGUGGAGCUUGUCUGCAUCAAAGAUGAGAUUUAUGUCCAAACACUGUCAUCACCAUCUACCAUGCAAAUCAACGACUUCAUGACUACAUCAGCAGCAAAUGUCGCGGACGUUGCAGAAAACAAUCAACCUUCCAAAUCGGACGAGGACCUCAAAGAAAACAGUAAUAAUAUUACGCCUGAAAACAAUUUGGAAAACUUUACGUCAAACACAAUAUCAACCGUAACUGUGAAUGUAAAUGAGACUGUUACUCCACUGCAAACAGAAACUUUAAACAGUACAGCUGUACCAACUACCAAUAUCCAAAGGAACGAGGGCGAUACGAAACUUGAAUUGAAGGACACAAAAUUACAACCGGAUCUUAUAGAGGUGAACGAAAAGGAAAAACUUACCAAAUCCAUGUUAUGUUGUAAUCCGGCACUGGGCAGUGGAUAACUGCAUGCAUUUUAAACAAUGUGCGUGAGAUAAAGAACCAAUUAAUAAAUAUAAGAAAUCCAAUAUAUUUCACUGUAUAUAAAUUAUACUCAUUUUAAAAAUUAUAUUCAUUUGUUCUUUUCGUCAUGAAAUAUAUUCUAGCACCUUGUGUUUUGUGGUUGACAACUACGUGAAAGAAAAAUGGGAUUGUUUCAUUGUACUAAAGAAAUAUUCUGUGAGAUGGUGUAUCAGAUUGCCGAUGGGAAAAAUAGCCAAUUUUACUCUCUCGAUAUCAUCGAGUGAAAAUAAAAUUAUCAAUUAUUUACA